UGAUUCCUGGCGCCCGGUUGCGCUCCAGCGGGGCGGGUUGGCGGCGGCAGAAGCACCACCCUGAGGCCGCUGGCUUGAGCUCCUGCCGCAGAGGGAGGCGGGGAGCCAGACGCACCGCUCCGCUCCCCUCCCCGCGCGGGCUGCGGCCGCUGCCAGGAUGCCUCGGGAGCGCGGCGGCGGCGGCUGCUGGCUGCUCCCCGCGCUGCUGCUCCUGCCGCCGCUCUGCGCGCCGGCUUUGGCUAUAAGUGUAGCUGCUGAAGAUGCAAAGGAACAGAUUGAGCAACUGGUAUCACAGGAGCAUAGAGAAAUGUGUCCCAGAGGAGAGCCCAGAAAAGGGGCAGGGGAUCUCAGAAACGACUGAGGAGUUUAGAAAAAGUGGAAAAUCAAAUCAAAUAAACAUAGAAUUACAAGAAAUUGUAUUUGUCAUCCAGAGUCAGAGUAACUCUUUUCAUUCAAAAAGAGCAGAAGAUUUAGAGAGCAAUAUUUUAAAACAGGCUGAAGAGCUUGGAAAGGAUCAGAUUGUUCCCUCCAUUUCCAUGAAUGGAGGAGUCUCCGAUUUGAGGAGAGGGAGAGUGCUUUUUCUGAGCUUCAGCCCCUGGGUGCUUCCCAAAAGAGAGGAGCUGAGCCAAGGAAAGGAAUUACCUAGAGUUCUGCUUAUUCAUCAGAUGGAUAGACAUGAUGGUGCAUGGACUAUACUACCAUUAAUGCAAGACUUCUCUGCUUCCUAUGGUAGAAACUCCUCAUGGAUUUUCUUCUGUGAAGAAGAUACAAGAAUACAAAUUGUUAAACUGCUGGAAACACUUAGAAGAUUUGACAAGUCUAAGGAAUGGUUCUUAGGAAAAGCAUUAUAUGAUGAAGAAUCUACAAUAAUACAUCAUUAUGCCUUUGCUGAAAAUCCUACAGUCUUUAAAUUUCCAGAUUUUGCUGCUGGCUGGGCACUUAGCAUUCCACUUGUAAACAAGCUUGCAAACAGGCUGAAAAGUGAACCACUUAAGUCAGACUUUACAAUAGAUUUAAAACAUGAGAUUGCAUUAUAUAUUUGGCAGAAAGGCAAUGGACCGCAUCUUACUCCUGUGCCUGAGUUUUGUACGGAUGACUUGAACUCAUAUAAGGCUGUUCACUGUGCCACAAUGUUCAGUAACUUCCUACCAGUUUGCGGAGACCUAGUGAAGAAAGAGGAUAUCUUUGUUGCUGUAAAAACAUGCCGAAAAUUUCACAGAGACAGAAUACCGAUUGUAAAGCAGACCUGGGAAGGUGAGGCUGCCCUUAUUGAAUAUUAUAGUGAUUAUGCAGAGACCUCCAUUCCUACUAUAGAUUUAGGAGUACCUAAUACUGAAAGAGGUCAUUGCGGGAAGACUUUUGCCAUUUUGGAAAGAUUUUUGAAUCACAGCUCUUCCAAAACACCAUGGUUAGUCAUUGUGGAUGAUGACACCUUAAUAAGUAUCUUUAGGCUCCGGAAAUUACUCAGCUGCUAUGACCCAAAUGAACCAGUGUUUCUUGGAGAGCGUUAUGGCUACGGAUUGGGAACAGGAGGAUAUAGUUAUAUCACUGGCGGAGGAGGGAUGGUUUUCAGCAGAGAAGCAAUCCAAAAACUACUUGCUAGUAAAUGCCAGUGUUACAGCAAUGAUGCUCCUGAUGAUAUGGUCCUUGGAAUGUGUUUCAGUGGUUUAGGAAUCCCCAUAACACACUGUCCACUUUUCCAUCAGGCAAGACCAAUGGACUAUCCAAAGGACUACCUUGCUCACCAAAUUCCAAUAUCGUUUCACAAGCAUUGGAACGUUGAUCCAGUCAAGGUGUAUUUCACAUGGCUGGCACCAAAGAUGGAAGAUUCAUUUACUGAAAAGAAACAGAGACGUAUUAGGGAAGAUUUAUAAUAUAUAAAAUAUUUUAAAUCUCAGUAAGGUACUGCAGAUUAGUGAGACAGGCUGUACUGUAGUUUUGGUGUUGUGUUGUACUACUUGUCUGCAUUAUUGCAUAGAACACUGAAUGUUUCAAUCCAGUACGUGUUACACUUGUUAGAAAAGGAAGAGGGAACCAGCUUGAUUUUGUGCGUGUGUGUGGUUUGAGGAUUUAUUGUCGGAAAUACCUUGAGUUUUGAAUCUUGUGACCAUUAUAUUUAACAUUUUAAAUGUUGUAUACGGUAUUUUUGUAUGUUCCCUUUUGGAAUUCUCUGUCAAACACCAGCAAUUCACAUUUCUCUUUUCCUCACUGUCUAGUAGUGGCCUAAGUUCCAUAUGUAGGGGCCUAAUUCUAAAAGGUACUGAAUACCUACACUUCCCAAUGACUUCAGAAGAACUUCUGGGUUCUUGAAAUCAGUCAAAAUCAGGCCUUAGGUAAUGAAAGGGUAGGGAGGUGUGCAUUUUAAUAAACAGCGGUCUGGAAAGAAAACAUCAUGUACUGUACUUUGUAUUGUUUCCAAAUAGAGAUGUUGCAGAUGCAUGGGGUAGAUGACUCCCUUUUGAGUUUGAACUACUAUUGCACUUUUAAACAUGUUAGCUUUUGUAGGAAAUAUCACCCUAGGAAAUCCAAAGGAAGGUCUGGGAUUCUUAAAUUGACUACAAAAUGUCGCCAUGGUUCAUUAAGAAACCUAGGUGACAGUUUCUGUCUUUGGCAACUAUAAAUGUUUGUCUCUUAAGGAAUUUUGAAAAUCUAAUGUUUAGAUAUUUAUAAUGUGCACAUCACCAUAGUAUCUAAGUGCCAAGCUAAAAAUUAGUUUGUAACAUCCAUAAUUUAUAUUAUCUACAGCAGGGAUCGGCAACCUUUGGCACGUGGCCCACCAGGGUAAGCACCCUGGUGGGCCGGGCCAGUUUGUUUACCUGCCACAUCCGCAGGUUCGGCCGAUCGCGGCUCCCACUAGCCACAG